UCGAGAGCCCAGCAGAGAUCAUUCAGACAGCAGCAGCCACUCUCACUCAGUCUCACCAGUUCCUGUUUCCGCCACGAUUCUCGACACACAUCGAUACGAAGCAUCCCUUUCAUUAAAAACAUACGCGCUUUGGAGAUACACGUACUCUCACGCCAAAUCAAGGAGGAAGGAAUCAUUCUUGUGUGUACCAGCUAAACCAUUUAAGACGUCCAGUCCGGGGCAAGAACCCUUGGAGGGGCCUUAAAGGAAAAGGAACCAAUCAGUGGCAUUGGUUCUCCAAAGUGAAGUCUGAUCAGUGAAGUCUCCAGGAUUCUCGACAGGCGGACACCAAGAUCCACAUGUUCAAAACUCUACGUCUUUUUCUGGGAGGGGUUGCUGCAAUGAUAUAACUUCAGUCCUCUAUAACAAAAUUGAGCCCCAGUGACCCCUGAAGUCCCCCCUCUGUGGCGGAGCACUGGGGUGGUGCACUGCUUAGGUGAGCAUGCCUCAAACUACCGUGUUGUGAAAGGAGUGUGUGCGUUGGGCAGCACUAGGUGCCAUGCGUCCGUGGACGGGCUCGUGGCGCUGGAUUAUGCUGGUGCUGCUGGCCUGGGGCACAUUGCUUUUCUACAUCGGGGGCCACCUCGUGAGGGACAGCGAGCAUCCAGAAAGGUCCAGCAGGGAGCUCUCCAAGAUCCUUGCAAAGCUGGAAAGGCUGAAACAGCAAAAUGAAGAUCUGAGACGCAUGGCUGAGACACUCAGGUUGCCUGAUGGACAGGCUGAUGGGGGUCCUGGAGCUGCAGGUAAAUUACGUAACCUAGAGGAGCAGCUGAUCAAAGCUAAGGAGAAGAUCAACUCUUACCGCAGUCUGCCUGCUGAUGGCCCAGGAAAGGACCAGGAGGAGCUGAGAAGGAAGGUAGAGAAUGGCGUGAGGGAACUGUGGUAUUUCAUACGCAGUGAAGUGAAGAAACUGCCACUGGUUGAGACUGCAGCUCUGCAGAAGCAUGCUGACUCUCUCCAGCAGGAGCUGGGACACCAACAAAGGUCCAUCAUGACUGACCUGUAUCAACUGAGCCAGGCGGACGGUGCAGGAGAAUGGAGAGAGAAAGAGGCUAAAGAUCUCUCUGACCAAGUGCAGAACAGAAUCAUGUACUUACAGAACCCUCAGGACUGCAGCAAGGCUCGUAAGCUGGUGUGUAACAUUAAUAAAGGUUGUGGUUAUGGCUGCCAGCUGCAUCAUGUGGUCUACUGCUUCAUGAUUGCCUAUGGCACACAGCGCACACUCAUACUGGAGUCGCAGAAUUGGCGCUAUGCCACUGGCGGCUGGGAGACCGUCUUUAAACCUGUCAGUGAAACCUGUACUGAUCGCACCGGGGCCUCCACUGGACACUGGUCUGGUGAAGCUAACGAUCGAGACGUUCAGGUCAUCGAGUUGCCCAUUGUGGACAGCCUGCACCCUCGCCCCCCGUACCUGCCCCUGGCAAUCCCUGAAGACUUGGCAGACCGGCUGCAGAGGCUUCAUGGAGACCCACCAGUGUGGUGGGUGUCUCAGUUUGUCAAGUACCUGAUCCGCCCUCAGGCCUGGCUGACGAAGGAAAUGCAAGAGGCCACCACCAAAAUGGGCUUCAAGCACCCCAUUAUAGGGGUGCAUGUGAGGCGGACAGAUAAGGUUGGUACUGAGGCAGCGUUCCACCCCAUAGAGGAGUACAUGGUGCACGUGGAGGACCACUUCCAGAGCCUGGCCCAGCGCAUGCACGUGGACAAGAAACGCGUUUACCUCGCCACCGACGACCCGUCGCUACUGCAGGAGGCUAAGUCUAAAUACCCUGAUUAUGAGUUUAUAAGUGAUAAUUCAAUUUCAUGGUCGGCUGGGCUACACAACCGCUACACUGAGAACUCUCUGAGAGGAGUCAUCCUGGAUAUUUACUUCCUCUCUAGGACCAACUUCCUUGUGUGCACCUUUUCCUCACAGGUGUGUCGAGUGGCCUAUGAGAUAAUGCAGACACUCCACCCAGACGCCUCCUCAUUCUUCUACUCCCUCGACGACAUAUACUACUUUGGCGGGCAGAACGCCCACAACCAGAUCGCCAUCUACCCUCACCAACUGCGCAACAGUGACGACAUCCCUCUGGAGCCUGGAGACGUGAUCGGUGUGGCAGGCAAUCAUUGGGACGGUAACUCCAAGGGCAUCAAUCGCAAAACAGGCCGCACUGGCCUCUAUCCAUCAUAUAAAGUCAAAGAGAAAAUCGAGACAGUGAAGUAUCCAACGUACCCAGAGGCGGACAAACAGCUUAAGAAGCAGUAAAGAGAGACAAUAUACUGUAGAUACUCAUAUACUGUAAUGAGGAAACCCUGGAACUAACUCUUGACCGCUUGGAUAGGAAUGCACUUUGUGUGAGUGAGUCUGUGUAUGCAAGUGUGUUAAUGUACGUGUGAGUGCGUGUACGUGCGUGCGUGCGCGUGUAUGUGCGUGCGUGUGUGUGUGUGUCUGUGUGUGUUGUCUGUGGGUUGUUUACGAGGUUCUCAACCCCAGUGCUUGGACCUAAAGUCCCUCUGAACAUGCCUUCAGGGCUGUGGACAACAAAAAAAUGCAUAACGGAAUGAAGAGGAUGAACUCGGACAACUCAAACAGAAGGCACUGUACUUUAGGUACUUUAUAAUUAAUUUCCGGGUAAUGAAGGGAACAGAAUACAUUUAUUUAAGAAUACAACUGGAAGAAGUGACUUUAUCGACUCCACUGAUCAUGAAAAAAAAAAAAUUGUGAACCCGGUUACUCUUUUUCCUCCUUGUGCACAAUUAUGGCAUCCUUUACUCUAGCCUCACUCCACUCCUUUCUCAACCACUCAUGCCAUCGCUACGCCAACUGACUCCUUUUCACACCCAUGAGCUAUUAAUUUCCACUGCCAUACUGUGCUUUUAAAUGUGACUUAUGCUGUUUUUUAAAUUGUAAGUCCUAUCAUGUGUUUGUGCGUUUGUGUAUGAAGUGUGUGGAUUGGAAAACGGUGCCUGUGAGGGCAAACGGUUCACUUUUAUGCUCACUUUUGAAUCUGGAGCCUUAUGGACUAGCCUUUCCACGUACAUUUACACUCCUUGCUCCCCUUUUCCAUGUGAUGUCUUAUCCACACCCAUGUGUCCAUCAAGUUUUUUAAGAGAUCAUUUCAUGUUAUUGAGUUUUAAAAUACAAAACAGACAAGAAAUUGAUAUUUAAUAUAAAAUUAAUGAUACUAAUAUUAUUAAUGAUGAUGAGAAGAAAAAGGAUAAUUAUGGUAACAAUGACACUUGUUGUCAUGAUCAAUUUUAGCUAAUCUUGAAGGAAUCAUUCAUUGUUUUAUGUUUGCGGGCAUUGUCUUUGGAAAGCAGAUCAAAUAAACUUGAU